GUGUGAGGAAUCCUUAGAUCUUACAAAACUCUCUCCACGCGAGAUGGCACAUGUUAUUUGAAACACCCUGUAUAUAUAUAUUAUAAAUAUAGGGAAACAAUAUAUUAUCAAUAUAUAGUUUCUAUCUACAGAGUUACAUCUAUUAUGAUAGAUAAUACAUGUUAUUGAAAAAAUCAAGAAAAUACAUAACAAAUAGUUACUAUAAUUGACUUACAGUUGGGAGGAAAACUAUUUAAUAAUAAAAUUGUAGCAAAACUGCUAAACAAAACGUCUAUGAUAACCUUUAGUACUUAUUUAUACAAGACAAAAAAUAUAAAAAAAUAUUGAUGUAUAAAACAUCUGUAAACAGUUUAGAGAAACACUUUUAGAUACUGUAUCGUGUAUUCUACCCAAAAGCGCGUAUAUUAAAGAUUUAUAAUGGAUAUGUACGACGUGCUUCAAAAACUUGGCAGAGGGACCUUUGGGACUAUAUAUUUAUGCCAAAGAAAACAUAACAAGCAAAAAUUAGUGAUUAAAGAAAUGGUUACGGAUCUAAAUGCAGACGAUUUAAGAAAUGCCAAAAAUGAAGUAUCAAUUUUGAAAUCACUUGACCAUCCUAAUGUUAUAGCCUACCAUGAUAGUUACGUUAAGAAUUGCGCGUUUUAUAUUGUGAUGGAAUAUGCUGAACAUGGAUGUUUACAAGAAUACAUUGCCAAAAAAAUACCAGAAUAUUUAUCUCCCCAGACUGUAAUAAACUUUUUUUGUCAAAUACUUAUGGGGUUAAACCAUAUACAUGAAAAAGGUAUUAUCCAUAGAGAUUUAAAAUGUGAAAAUAUAUUUUUGACUGGUAUUCAUCAGGAUGUAAUAAAAAUUGGUGACUUUGGUAUUUCAAAAUUACUUUACAAUAAUAAUAAAGCAAGAACUAUUAUUGGUACUUAUAAUUAUGUUGCUCCUGAAUUAUGUGAUGGAAAACCUUAUGACACUAAAAGUGAUAUUUGGGCAUUAGGAUGCAUUUUAUAUGAGCUUUGUCAAAUGGAAAAAAUGUUUGAAGGAACUAUUUCUAACGUUGUACUAUCAAUUGCUAAUGGAAAAUUGAAGUCAAUUAAUAUUAAAAGAUAUGGAAAACAGAUGCAAGCCCUAUUAAAUUUACUUUUACAGCCAAAUCCUAAAGACAGGCCCGACACCAAAACAUUAAUGACUUUAGGUGACAUAUUUCCAUCU